ACUCCUUGUUCAAUAAUAGAGAGACGAAGUCAUUGUCAUAGAAAUUACAGAGAAGAAGCCGCUUUGUUAACAUUUCCCUGUUUUUCCUCAAUCCGCAUCUCCAAAAUCCCAAGCUUCUUGCUUUUCAUUCAUCUUGCUUGCCUUGGAUUUCUUUGUAUUUUUUCCCCCACAUUCUCUGCUACUUUCUGUCAGGAGACGUCAGCUGCUCCAGAAAAGCCAAAGUUCCUGCAGCUCAAGUCAUGGUUUCUUUGCAACAGACCUCGUGAAAAAUUUCAUGUGAAUUUGGCAAGGACACGAUGCACGUUUUGCUGGAUUGAAUUUGAGGCUUAUUCAAGAUUUACAUUGUUUUCAAUUUUUGUCCUGUUUUCCUUCUCUGGUGAUGCACAACUGUCAAUCUAUCAUGCCAACCUACGAAGCAGAAGUAGAACAGCAUAUCUUUGCUGCGACUCAGCAUAUUCUGAAGGCAUUAGGGGCAAGUAAGAACCUGAGUGAUGAUUUUAGAAGAGCACUUACUGAGCUUGACUCUCAUUUGUCCACAAUGACUAUAAUAACUGAAAAUGAGGGAGGGGGGUUUUCUGAGAUAGAAGAACAGCUCAAACAUGCUGAGAAAAAGAUUAUUCGUUGGGAGUCAGAUCCAUCUCUGAUAUGGGAUUCUGGCCCCAUGGAAGCCACGGAGUAUUUGCAAGCUAUCAAUGAGAUUCUAACAGUGAUAGAAAGCUUGGGAGGGCUGUCCUUGAGUGAAAAUGGGAAACUCAGGAUGAUUGCUUUACGAGCUCAGAAUGCACUGCAGAGAGCAAUGUCAAGACUUGAGAAAGAGCUUUGCCACAUUCUGUCUCAACAUAAGCAAUAUUUUAGGCCACAGUAUGUUUCAUUUCAUUCACGUGCUGAAGACAUGUUCUAUAAUGAGUCCUUUGCUUUUUUGGAAGAUGAAAUAGUUGAAGAAAUAUCCCAGAGAGAUGGGGAAGACGGAGAAACUUUUGAAUUUUCUUUAGAUUUGGUUGAUCCACAUGUAAUUCCUGAUAUUAAGUCCAUUGCAAAUGUUAUGUCUGCAUCUAAUUACAUGCAAGAGUUUUGUGAAGCUUUCAUUGGUAAGCGGAGAGAAGCAUUAUAUGAAUACUUGUCUAUCCUUGAAAUAGAGAAACUCAGUCUUGAGGAUGUUUUGAAGCUGGAAUGGGAUAGCUUGAACAGGGAAAUCAAGAAAUGGACAUGGGCUAUAAAGAUCAUCAUUAGAGUGUAUCUUGCUAGUGAGAAACGACUUUGUGACCAGAUAUUGGGGGGUUUUGGUUCUGUCAAUUCAUUUUGCUUCAUUGAAAUCUCUAAGGCUUCAGUUCUAUGCCUCUUGAAUUUUGGCCAAGCAGUAGCAAUGGGACCUCAUAAGCCUGAGAAGUUAUUCCGGCUGCUUGACAUGUAUGAGAUUAUGGCAGAUCUUCACAUAGACGUAGACGGUUUAUUCUCAGAUGAUGAUGGUUCUUUUGUUAGAAUUGAGUACCACAAGCUUUUGAGGACACUGGGUGAUUAUGCAAGGGAGACCUCUAUGAGAUUUGUGAACGCCAUUGCAUCUGAUGCAUCUUUACACCCUUUUCGUGGAGGCGGAAUUCAUCACCUCACAAAGUAUGUGAUGAAUUACAUGAGGGUCCUUGCAGAUUAUAGUGAUACUUUCAGUUUGCUUCUCAAGGACCAAGAUGCAGAUGAAUCACAAGCUGUUGUUGAGAUUGAUAAUGAUCAGGACUUUUAUUCUUCCUCUUCUGGCCCAAUGGCUUGCCACCUUCGGUUGGUUACAUGCACUCUAGAAUCCAAUCUCAUUGUCAAAUCCAAAUUAUACAAGGAUGAUUCUCUGCAGCAUAUUUUCUUGAUGAACAACAUCCAUUACAUGGUUAAGAAGGUCAAAGACUCUGAUCUCAGGCUUUUCUUUGGAGAUGAAUGGAUCCGAAAACAUAUCGGGAAGUUUCAACAACACGCUACAAGCUAUGUGAGAGCCACUUGGUGUUCAGUUAUUUCCAUACUUAGAGAUGAUGGAAAGACGAGUCUUAAAGAAAGGUGCAGGAGAUUUAGCACUGCUUUUGAGGAGAUAUACAAAAAUCAGACACGCUGGUGCAUUCCAGAUCUUCAGCUCCGGGAAGACCUGCAAAUUUCAACUUCACAGAAAGUAAUACCUGCUUAUCGAAAUUUUCUUGGAAAUAACAACAGUAAUGUUAGUGAUAAGCAUGUUAAGUACACUACAGAUGAUUUGGCGGAACUGCUCUUGGAUCUUUUUGUUGGAUCACCGAGAUCACUGCGAAAUUCGCGCAGGAGGGCCUAAUGCUCAACUGCUCAUUGGAGUUGCAGCUAGAAGAGAAUCAUAGUAUCCUGGUUAUUUAUCAGGCCACUGCUCACAUGCAUAUAUAUUUACACUAUAAACUGCAUAAAUCUACGAGUGAAUUUGCUCCAAAACGCAGCCAGGCAGCUAUACGUCAGCUUCCAAAGUCUUCUUGCAAACCAAACUAGAGGCCGUCCUAGCAUUUUUGUCCUCUUCAUAUGAAGUUUUGUGGUUGAGGAAUGGAGACAGGGAGAUGGGGACCAUGACCUCAUGUGCCAGUUGGCCGCCUCAAGGCUCAAGAUAUAAUAAGGAGCAAAAGAGUUGAUGAUUGUGAUGGGUACAUUUCAGUUCAAAAGAAAAGAACAAGAAAAUAAAAGAUGGGUUACGUUCAGUGUAGUAUAAAUUUAAAAGCAAUUGACUGAAAGGCCUUGUGGUUUUUUAUGGCUAAAUAUGGCAGGUCUCUGCGUGUUUGACAAAUUCAUCACGGUGGUUUCGC